UGUGGCGGUGGUCAACAAACGUAUAAAUACAGAGAAAAUACAUACUUGCACGGUGGGUUUUCUUUUGCAGCUGUCUUAAUUUCACGUCGAUAGCCGAACCAGACGCCACUCUUAAUCUCGACGUUGACGGAGAUGCCGAGCGGUGGCGGCGGAGGCGGUGGGGGUGGCGGUGGGAAUGGAAAUCCACCGCCUUACAAACCCUACCGGCACCUGAAAACCCUAGAGGGUCACUCGGCGGCGAUCUCUUGCGUGAAAUUCUCCAACGACGGCACUCUUCUCGCUUCCUCCUCCGUCGACAAGACCAUGAUCCUUUGGUCGGCUUCGGAUUACUCGCUUGUCCACCGGUACGAAGGCCACGCCAAUGGGAUCUCGGAUCUCGCUUGGUCCUCCGAUUCGCACUACAUCUGCUCCGCCUCCGACGACUGCACUCUCCGCAUCUGGGACGCGCGCGCUCCGUACGAGUGCCUCAAGGUGCUCAGAGGCCACACCAAUUUCGUAUUCUGCGUUAACUUCAACCCUCCGUCGAAUCUCAUCGUCUCGGGGUCAUUCGACGAGACGAUUCGGAUCUGGGAGGUGAAGACGGGGAAGUGCCUUCGAGCGAUUAGGGCUCAUUCGAUGCCGGUGUCGUGCGUGCACUUCAAUCGGGAUGGUUCGUUGAUCGUGUCGGGUAGUCACGAUGGUUCGUGCAAGAUAUGGGACGCGAAAGAAGGAACUUGCUUGAAGACUCUCAUAGAUGAUAAGGUUCCUGCCGUCUCCUUCGCCAAAUUCUCGCCCAACGGGAAAUACAUCCUCGUUGCCACUCUCGAUAGCACUCUCAAGCUGUGGAACUACGCGUCGGGGAAGUUUCUGAAAGUGUACACAGGUCACACGAACAAGGUGUACUGCACCACGGCUGCAUUCUCGGUGACAAACGGGAAGUACAUUGUGAGCGGGUCGGAGGACAAGUGCGUAUACCUGUGGGAUUUGCAGCAGAAAACGAUGAUACAGAAACUACAAGGCCACAGAGACGUCGUGAUCUCGGUGAGUUGCCAUCCCGUUCAGAAUGCAAUCGCUUCUUGUGGCAACCACUCCGACAAAACUAUCAGGAUCUGGAAACAAGAUCCUUGAGGUUCUCUACCUGUUACCCUUUGUGAUCAGUUCUUUAUGUACUGAACUUGUAAAUGCUACAAGUUAUGGAAGAAGAAGAUAGUGCCAAUAUUAAAUGGGAACAUAAAUAUUAUAUUA